AUGGCAGAGGCACUUCUCCAAGGUGUAUUUGAGAACUUGAACUCCCUAAUCCAAAGGGAAUUUGGAUUGAUGUGGGGGGUAAACAAAGAGCUGGAAAAGCUGUCGAGCACAUUGUCAACCAUUCAAGAUGUCCUGGAAGAUGCAGAUGAGAGACAGAGAAAUGAUAACGUGGUGAGAAAUUGGCUCAGAAAGCUCAAAGACGCAGCUUACGAUGCCAGUGAUAUCAUAGACGAGUGUGCGACGGAAGCUUUGCAAUCAAGCAUCGAUAGCGGAACUGAAGACAGGGCGAUGAAACAGGUGAUUUCUUUCUCUCAAUCUUGUUUUGGACUGAACCCAGUUGUAUUUCGGCAUAAGGUAGGACAUAGGAUAAAGGAGCUCCAGGAAAGGUUAGACGUGAUCGCGGAAGAGAAGUCUAAGUUCCAUUUGCAAGAGAGGGGUGGAGAGGAUCAGACAGCUGAGAUCAGAGAGACUAGCUCUUUUGUAGACAAAUCAGAAGUCUUCGGUAGGGAAGCUGAUAAAGAGAAGAUGGUAGAGUUGUUACUGGAUGGCAGCAGCGGAGAAGAAGACGUCCUGGUGACAGCUAUCAUUGGCAUGGGGGGUCUUGGUAAAACGACUCUUGCUCAGCUGGCCUACAACGACGAGCGGGUAGAGAAGCAUUUCGAGAAGAGAAUGUGGGUAUGCGUGUCGGAUGAUUUCGACGUGAGAAGGGUUACAAAGGCAAUCAUCCAAUCUUCAUCCAUGAACGGUUGUGACCUUUUGGACUUGGAUCCAUUGCAAGUUAGGCUCCGAGAAAUACUGGACAGGAAGAGAUUUUUGCUCGUUCUUGAUGAUGUUUGGAAUGAGAACCACGAGAGAUGGGCGAAACUAAGAAAUCCUCUAAGAUACGGAGCGCGGGGAAGUAGAAUUUUGAUCACUACCAGGAGCGAAAAGGUUUCAUCAGCUAUGAGCGCAAACCAACGAUACAAUCUGUCGGGCUUGUCCGAUGAUGAUUGCUGGUCACUGUUCAGUUGUAGAGCAUACGAAGGGAGAAAUCAAGAGGAAUGUCAGGAGCUUGAAGCUGUGGGGAAGAAGAUUGUGAAUAAGUGCAAAGGUGUGCCUCUAGCUGCAAAGACGCUAGGAAGCCUCGUCCGAUUCAAGAAAACGAGAAGAGAGUGGCAACUUGUCAUGGAAAGUGAAAUAUGGGAUUUAGAAGAAGAAGAGAACAUGAUUUUGCCAGCUCUAAGGUUGAGCUAUUUGAAUUUGCCAUCACACCUGAAGGCUUGCUUUGCAUAUUGCUCUAUAUUCCCCAAAGAUCACGAAAUCCCAAAGAAGCAGUUAAUCCAGUUAUGGAUUGCUGAGGGUUUCAUUUCCAAGAAAGGGAUAAAGGAGAUGGAAGAUGAAGGCAAUGACUAUUUCAGCAAUCUACUGUGGCGCUCAUUCUUCCAAGAUAUCACAAAAGAUGCACACGGCAAUAUUCUCAAAUGCAAGAUGCAUGACCUUGUGCAUGAUCUUGCACAGUCUGUUGCAGGAAACGAAAGCUUCAUUAUGGAGGCGGGGAAGCCUAACAACAUACCUAUUGGGGCCCGCCAUUCAUCAUUUAUUUGUAACAACAUGGUUUCACCAUCCAUUCCCAAAGCUAUGUACAGUGCCAAGAAAUUGCGGACGUUUCUCCUAUUACAUGAUGCCUCUGUAUAUCAAAUAGGCAUCAAGAAGAUCCCCCGAGACCUUUUCUUGAAUGUCAGAUGCUUGCGUGCAUUGGAUUUGAGUAAGAGCCAAAUUACAAGGUUGCCUGAUACAAUAGGCAACUUGAAACAUCUGAGGUACCUUGAUCUGUCUCGAACUUGUGUCCAGACAUUGCCGAGUUCUAUAAGCAAUCUCUGCAAUUUGCAGACUCUGAAGCUUAAUGGUUGCAGUCAUCUUGAGAGGUUGCCCGAAAACAUGAGGUACAUGAUAAGCCUUCGUCAUCUCGAGCUCAACGAUGUAGAGUCAUUAAAAUGCAUGCCAGAGAGGAUGGGAAAGCUAACUUCCCUCCAAACCAUGACGCAAUUUGUUGUGGGAAAAGGUAAAAGGUGUAGCAGCAUCCGGGAGUUGAAAGACUUGAAAUUGCAAGGGUCGAUUCGGAUAAAGAACCUCAAGAACGUGGCAAACAAGGAGGAGGCCAGAGAAGCUGACUUACAGAACAAAGAAGACCUCAACUAUUUGGGCCUUUGGUGGGAAUCAGAUGGUUUUAGCUCAUCUGGAGAAGCUGAGGCAGAGCAAGUGAAGUGGGCAGAGAUGGUUUUUGAAGAACUCCAGCCUCAUAUUAACCUGAAAAAUCUGGGGAUAUGGGGUUAUGUGGGUGCUAGCUUUCCAAGCUGGAUUGGAGCACCAGUGCUCUCCAAUUUGGUCAGUGUGGGAUUACUUGGCUGUAAAAAUUGCAAGCAUCUUCCACCGCUAGGUCAACUUCCAAACCUCAAACGUCUAGAUAUAAAUGGAAUGGAUGGAGUCAAACAAGUAGGCCGUGAGUUUUGUGGGGACAAUGGAAUCAAGGGGUUCCCAAAGUUGGAGAAGUUGGAGUUUUAUCGCAUGCUCAAUUGGGAGAAAUGGUCAGGAGUUGAGGAAGGAGAAAUGCAAUGCCUUCAUUCUCUGAAGAUUGGAGAAUGCCGCAAGCUGACAUCUUUGCCGGAUGGACUACGAUACCUGGUUUCACUAAGAACUUUUGAAAUUAGACAUUGCCCAUUGAUGGACUCCGCCCCGACAGCACCAAAUGGCAACACAACAGCCUAG